GGCAUUCGACCUUGACUUUUAUGAGCAUAGUUAAAAGUUUUGAUAAUGACUCUGUUAUCGUGCCACAACUAAAAUAAUGUCUAAAGGGACGGAAGGACGGAGCUUCGAUGUCUUAAAGAAGGCGACUCCUGACGGAAAGUUGUCACUGUUUUUGGAUCGAAGAACUUUCGUUGAUCAUUUCGACCAUGUUGAUCCCAUCGAUGGGAUACUUACUAUGACACAAGAUGUAAAGAAUACCGAAUAUGUUUUCUUAAUCUUUACAUGUUCAUAUCGUUUUGGUCGUGAUGAUUUAGAUGUAUUAGGAUUAACAUUUCAAAAAGAAUUAUUAAUUUAUACAAAAUGUUUAUGGCCAAAUCAUCCAUUUGAUGAUAAUAAUAAUAAUAAUACUAAAGUUAAUAAAAAAUGGAAUAAUACAUGGAAAAAAAUAAAACGUUUAUCAAAACGUAAAAUUGAUUCAAAUGAACAAAUUUCAUGUACAAUAAUAAAUGAUAAUGAUCAAUAUGGAAUAUUUUGUGAAACAUUAGAAGAGAAUAAUUUAUCACCAUUUCAAGUAAAAUUAAUAAAUAAACAUGGUGAUUUGGCAUUUCCAUUUCGUAUAAUUAUACCUACAUCAUCACCGUCAUCAGUUGCGAUUCAACCAAAUGAAGAUGAUUCUCGAAAAUUAUACGGUGUCAGUUAUGCACUGACUGCAUUCGCUGGUCAGAAAAUUCAUAGCAGUCAACCAAUUAGUUCCACUGUAACAAUUGUUCUAAGAAGAUAUAUUGCUGGACCUAAACUGAUCAAUCGUCCCUUAUAUCCAGUAGCUGAAUCAACUAGAAAAACAAUCAAUUUCUUAUGUUAUUCAGGAGAAGUGGUUCUUACAGCGUCUGUUGAAAAACCAUUAUAUUAUCAUGAUGAAUCAGUCAAUGUAUCAAUUGUAUUGGAUAAUUUUUCUAAUUUAUCAGUUAGAAAAUUACAAAUAGCAAUUGUUCAAGUUACUGAAAUGUACUUACUGGCAAAAGGAACAUAUCGGUCUACGAUAAAUGAACAUUUAUGCAAAGAGAAUCUACCUCAAGCUGGUGAACAACAAUGGAAGUAUACAAUAUCAUUAGAUACCAGUUUUACUGAUGCCUUAGCAAAACAGGGUGUUGCUUUAGAAGGUUAUAUUAAACAAGAGAAAAAUUGGUUGGCUUCAUCAACAAUAUUGAAAUUAUCUUCAGAUUUAAGUGAAUGUCUAGAAACAAUGCAAAAUAUUUAUAAAAACACUGAAGAAUCUACGGAAACGGCAAUCAAAGCGAAUAAAGAAUUACAUGGAGUUGUUAUAUCAUACUUUGUUCGUGUUAGAUGUUGGGUAGGGAUCAGUCGUUUUUCUGUCCACGUACCAUUUUUAUUGAUGCAACCAGAAAAAGAACCUAGCACUAUAAAUAACAAUGAUAUAUGUUUAACUACUCAUACUGUUCAAGCUGAUGUAGUAGAAAAUCAGCCGAUGGAAGACAAAUCAGAAAAGAAACAAAUUGAAAUACCGCAUGAAGAUCAAGAUUAAUUAUUGUAAAUCAUAGUUGAAGUAUCAAUAUUACAUUCGUCACCAAAAGUAUAUACAAAGUGAAACAGCCUAGUACUUUGUUUAUGUAGAAAAACAAAAUUAAAAAAAUUCUUUUUCUCUUUUUUGUAUAUCACAGUUGAUUGUAUCAGUUUUACAAUGUACUUUUAAGCUUAUAUUCUAUUAAAUAAUUUCUGUAGAAAAA